AUGCAGUCGUUGCACCAACGUCUGGAGGCUGACGCCGCCCAGUCGUCGUCGGCCGUAUUUGUGUACGACACGACGCCCUCGGCCGCGUUCGGCGAGUCGCUGAUUCGCAGCAGCGCCGAUUCCGACUCGACCCCGGCCGAGGUCUACUCGAUGCAGACCCGUGCUGGUGCAGGAUCUUCCCUCGUCGGUUUCGUCGAGUCGAUCGCAUUCACCUCCAAGGGUGCCCAGUUGUCGUCCUCGUCGGCGCAAGCAGAGGCAGACGGCGACGCCACAAUCUCCGAGGCCAGCUCCGUGCCGUCCAAGCGCCAUUCGCGUGCCCGCACCGACUCGCAGAAGAAGGCCAAGACCUCGGUCGACACCUCGGCCGUCUCGCAGGCCGACAAGCCCAUCGUCGUCCUCGGUUCGACAGAUUCGUUCCUUGCCCUCACCCCCUCGUUGUUGUCGCUGCCUCGCGCCGGCGUGCGUCCCGCUUUGACGAUUCACGUCUCGGCGCAGAUUUCGUCGGUUGCGUCGGACGAGCAAGGCGAAGUCUCGCUCACCCAAGUCCCCGCGCUCGGCUCGCUCUUCGAAGCCGUCAAGACGCUCGACCAAGCAGGAUGGACCGGAGCCGUCGUCUUGUCCGAGACCGCCGAGGAAGCUGCUCUUGUUGGCACGACCGUCGCCCACCGCCUCAACUUGGCCGGCCACGACCUCGUCAACGUUUUCGACGGCCUCACCGCCGGCAGGCAGCUCUCGGUCCUCGACUCGGUUUCAGCCUCGGCUGCGGGUGAAUCGGCCAUCUCGUCCAUCUUGACCGCCGCCUCGAUCCCUUACUUUUCGUACUUUGGAUCGGCCAACGCGACCCGGGUGCUCGUCAUCCCCGCCUCGACUUACUCGGCCUCCGUCAAGGCCGCGAUCGCGCAGCUACAGAGCGCCGAGGUCGGCUUGCUCGUCGUUCGCGUCGUCAAGCCCUGGGACGCCAAGCAAUUCCACGCCGCGCUCCCGUCGUCGGUCAAGUCGUUGCACGUCUUUGCCGAGGAACAGGAAGAGCAAUCGAGCGGUCCCUUCUUCGACGACAUUUUGGGCUCGUUGAUCCAGUCGGGCCUCAAGCUCAAGGUCCGCGCCGUUCCCGUCCCUGCUGCGUCGCUGCCGUCCGUCCACGACUGGAUCAGCACCGUCGUCGCGCUUUCGUCGAACCAGCAAGUGCCUGAGCUCAGGUCGCUCCUCCCCGCCGAGGCCAAGCUCGCCGUCUUCUGGGACUUGGAUGCGACGACCGGCCAGACCGAGACCGUGCCCUUGCGCCUCGCCGCGGCUUUCGCCGCUCCUUCGACCGGCAUCGAUGCCAAGCUUGCGAUCGCCUACGACAACUUCCGCCAGGGUGGUAUUCAGCAAGCCUCGCUGUUGCUCGAGCCCCUCGGUAAGGCGACUAAGGACUUCACCAUCGCUGCCGUAGCUGCGACCUCUCCGGCGUCGCUCCUUUUCCUCUCGUCGCCGGCGGCCAUCCUUAAGGCUUACGAGCCCAUCUCCUCGACCUCGGUUGGACGCGACACGCGCAUCGUCAUCUCGGCCAACUGGACCGCCGACGAGGUCGCGACUAAGCUCGCUCACCCGGCCAAGAAGGUGCUCGCGGCCGUUGCCGGCUCCAGCAACCUCUUCGUCAUCGACGCCGACAAAAUCGCGGCCGCGCACUCGAUUCGCUCGGCUGACGUCGCCGAGAUCGUCUUCUGGUCGUUGUACUUGCCCUCGUCCAUCUCAGCCAAGGAGAUCGUCGGUCUGCUCGCGCAGAGCCCCUCGUUCGGCUCGUGGGAGAAGGCCAAGCUCGUCGAAGUCAACGGUGUCGUUCGCAACGCCAUCACCCAGGUCACCGUCGAGAGCUCGUGGGCUGAGGAGCCCAUGGCCGUCGAUGGCGAGGAUGCCGCAUCCGUCUCGCUCCCUACUUCGCUCAUCCCCACCGCGGCUGGACCCAACCCCGAUCGCACGUUCGCCGACCCCGUCGCCGAAAUUGUGGGUAAGCCCAAGGACUCGUGGCACAACGCAGCCCAGCGUCUCCUGUUUCCCGAGUCCUACGAGCUCGAGAGAAAGGUCGAUGAGAAGAUGCGCCCCGACCUCCUCGAGAAAAACUUCCUCAUUACGGUCUACGAGAACCGUCGUUUGACCCCUUCGAACUACGAUCGUUACGUCUUCCAUCUUGAGUUUGACACCGCCGGUACGGGUCUCAAGUACGCGAUCGGUGAGGCGCUUGGUAUUCACGGCUGGAACGACGGCGAGGAGACGCUCGACUUCCUCAAGUGGUACGGUCUCGACCCCGACGCUGUGAUCUCGGUCCCUUCGCGUCUCGACCCCUCGCGCGUUGAGCAGCGCACUGUCUUCCAGGUCUUCCAGCAGAACCUUGACAUAUUUGGCAAGCCCGGCAAGUCCUUCUACGAGACCUUGUCCCGCUACGCAACGAACAAGAACGAGGAGCGCGCUCUGCGCUUCAUCGCCUGCGCCGAUGGUCACGCCACGUUCAAGAAGAUGAGCGAGAUGGACACGGUCACCUACGCUGACUUGCUACGCCAGUUUCCUUCGGCUCGCCCGACUAUCGCCGACCUCGUGCGUGAGAUUGAUCCGAUCCACCCUCGUCACUACUCAAUUUCGAGCUCGCAGAACUUCGUUGGCGAUGCUGUCCACUUGCUCGUGGUCACCGUCGAAUGGAACACGCCUAAGGGUGAGUACUUGCUUUCAUUUUUGUCCCUGUCUGGUGCCAGGCUGGCUUGCUGACGUCCGUAUCUGAUUUGGUGUAUAGGCUCGCAACGCUUCGGCCAGUGCACCCGUUACCUCGCUGGACUCAAGGCCGGUGACCAGGUCAUGGUUUCGAUCAAGCCCUCCGUCAUGAAGCUUCCGGCCCUCGACGAGGCACCCGUGAUCAUGGCGGGUCUCGGAACAGGUGCUGCGCCUUUCCGUGCCUUCAUCCAGGAGCGCGCUUGGCGCAAGGAACAGGGCUACAACGUCGGGCCCAUGCUUUACUACUUUGGCUCGCGUCAUCGCUCCGAGGAAUACCUCUACGGGUACGCGCUUGCUGGACAAUUCUCAGGAAAGCAAGAGUGCUGUAGCUGACUGCCAUCGUCUGACCUACAGUGAGGAGAUUGAAGCCUACCUGCAAGAAGGCAUCGUCACCAAGACCGGCUUGGCCUUCUCUCGUGACACGGCUCAAAAGGUGUACAUCCAACACAAGAUGAACGAGGACGCCGACAUGUUGGCCAAGAUGCUCGAGAACGGUGCCUUCUACCUCUGCGGACCGACCUGGCCCGCCGCCGACGUGUUUGAGGCGCUGUGUUCGGCGUUUAUGAAACAUGGUCGCACGAGGGAGCAAGCUGAGGCUUACAUCGAGGAGCUCAAGGAGAAGGAGGCAUACGUUCUGGAAGUAUACUAG